AUGGAAUCUAGACUGCGCAAACUCCUCUCGCCUCGCAAGAUCCAUGCGCAACGGGCGAACGAUGUGGCCGAGUUGGAUCUGCACAGUGUUCCCUAUACUACCGCUCCCGCGCAAGGCCGGCUGCCUGUAUUCAUCAAUCAUGCCUUAGGGAAGGCUUCCACGAGCAAGGUCAAAUCAGAUGCAACGUCCGAUCUUCGCUCCUUUUCCUAUGAAUCUACCGCACCAGGAAGGCCGCCUCAACUGGGCGACAGACCGCAACGAGGUAAUGGGCCCGUCAAACUUCAGACCAGUCGGCGCCUCAGCUCUGGCGAACUGCUUGUCACUCAGCAAGACUAUGAUCGCACUCUGGAUGAUAUUCGCCAGGGUGAUUAUAUUCUCGGUGGAAAGGAUCGAAGGACAUCUCAAGCCACAUCAAACCCGAAGUCGCCUACCCAGCCCUCACAGCCUUUUGAUCCGAAACUCUUCUCGAAUGGCCCGAGUUCUUCUAGAACGCAACCGACCUUUGCCAGCCCCCGGUGGGCGCCUCCCUCCUCCAUGAGUGACGAUGCCGUAUUUGGCGCUUCUGCCGGACGACAUGGCUUUGGCGGCCCUGGGGAUCCUGUGUAUUGUGGCUCGAAUUCUUCCAUGGUUGGUCUUGGUAUCUCUACGCCGACUCAGCCAUUCUAUCCUCGGCACAUGGCCUCUACAAGCUCACUGCUCGAGCCACAUGAGGAACGCAAUCCGACCAUUCAGGCUCUGUGGAAGGCCGAAUAUAGUCGCCUUGUUUCAAUCUACGGGCAGGCCGGAGUCGAUCGAAAUAUCACUCAGAUCAAUCGGGACUAUCUAAACAAGCCACUGCCUCACAUUGGCCAACAGCCCGUGCCAACCCGAGAAGACACUUCCUAUUCUUCCAUACAUUCUUUUCAUCAAGCACUUCGACCGCUGCCUGAGUCUGCCCGCCCAGGACUGGGAUCCAGAAACUUUGCCCCAACGCCUCAUCUUGAGUUCGAGUACCAGGACGACUUUUCCGAGCGAUCCUCUGACCGAAGACAUUCACUGCUUUCUUCCAGUGGCACUUCGUCCUCCUUCACCACCCGGACGAGCAUGGCGGAAGACCCCGUGACACGCCGAGACGAACUCCGCAAAAUUGUCGACGACAUGCGCAUGACCUACCUUCAUGCCCUCGAGGCCCAUACCCCUCCACCUCAACCAUGGUCGGAUCCACCACUCCGAAAACCUCGAUCUAAAAAGCAAACUCGCUCACUCACUUCUUCCGCCUCGGUCGAAAGCGGACUCCGGCAGUCCAAAAACUCUCGCUCCAAGUCAUGGCAAUCCCCGACGACGUCACAGCAUUCCGCCCGCUCCUCAUUGCUCAAGCCAUCGAGUAGACGCACAAGCUCGGCCCCAGGUCGACGGACUUCCAACCUCCCGGCGGCCGGAGUUGCGAGUUUACCUGCAAUUCAAGCGAGUCCAACCCGGGAUCAGAUUAGGUUAAAGCCGGAUGAAGUUGACGUCGGACUGAAACGAGCCGAUUCCACGACUUUAGGUUCGAUGGCUGCAAAGCUUACUAUUCUCGACGACCGCACGUCCAGCCCCUCUUUCAAAUCUUCCUCUGCCGCCGCCGCCUCGACCUCUUCGCCGACAUCUUCCAAUUUUUCGGGCUCGGAGCCCCAGCAUGGCCUGGAGACCCCCUCUCCUUCUCUGUCCCCCAACCCGUCUCCAGCCAAAAAAGCUUCGAGUUCGGUCCAGCCGACCCCUGACCGACAUAACCCUCCGCUGUCUCAUGAACCACCGGCUCCAGAAUCGUCAUGGCACAACGGGGCCGAUCGCCUCUUCGUCGACGCAGACCUCGACGUCGCAUUAGAUAUUGAUCAUUUCGAAAGUCUGUGCGACGGCCUGUUCAACAGUCCUACCCUCGGAGAUGCACACCUGGACGCCUUUCGAAACUGGGGAGCGGAUGAGAGAGUCAGCCACGACCUGUUACAGCGUGACGGAACAUACAUGUCCACUAGCAGUCCAUCCAACUCGAACAAGCACGACGGCGUGCGCAUGAGUCACACCGACUGA